AUGACGCGCAGCGUCAUAUCGUCUACCGUAUGGCUAGUGCUGCUGCUAGUGGCCGCCAUCGCAGCCGGUCCCCUACCCGUCCAUUCCCCUGACAAUGAAAAUACGCCAUCCGAGACCGAAGUUCGCCAAUCGCUGGAAUUGAUCGAGCAACGUUAUCAGCAAGCGAAAGCGCUACAAACGUUAGCAGCCUGGGAGUACGGAUCGAACUUAACACAGAUUAAUCUGUCGAAGAAGACGAAAGCUGCGGCCGAAUUUGCUGAAGUAGCGAAGAUAAUUGCCCAAGAACUCCACCAGCUGCCAACCGCUCAGCUAACGGAUGAUAAUCUAAAGCGUCGCAUUCAAAAACUUUCCAAACUAAAGUAUGCCGUAUUGCCCGCGGAUCAGUUCCAGCAGCUGCUUGGAGCGAUCGCCAACAUGGAAUCGAACUACGCAAAGGCAAAAUUUUGUGUUUACGGUGACUCGAGCAAAUGUGACCUUUCGCUUGAUCCGGAGUUGACGGAAAUCUUUGCCAAUCAUCGCGAUGCGGAGGAAUUGAAGUACUACUGGAUACAGUGGUACAAUGCGACCGGUGCACCUGUGCGUGAGUCCUUCCAGCAGUACGUUGAUCUAAACAGGCAAGCGGCCCUUCGGAAUAAUUUCAGCUCCGGUGCGGACGUUUGGCUGAGCGAGUACGAUGAUAGCACGUUCGAGCAACAGGUCGAUGACGUGAUCGAGCAGAUACGACCUCUGUACGAACAGCUGCACGCUUACGUGAGGUACAAGCUGCGCCAAAAGUAUGGCGAUAAGCUGGUGUCCCCAACAGGUCCCAUCCCGAUGCAUCUGCUCGGUAAUCUGUGGGCACAGACUUGGGAUAAUGUUGCCGACUUUACUACACCAUUCCCGGAGAAAAAGCUACUGGACGUUACCGAUGAAAUGAUCCGUCAGGGAUAUACGCCGAUCAAGAUGUUCCAGAUGGGAGACGAUUUCUUCACCUCACUGAACAUGACAAAGCUUCCUCAAUCAUUUUGGGAAAAGAGCAUUCUUGAGAAACCGGCCGACGGGCGUGAUCUAGUUUGCCAUGCCAGUGCAUGGGACUUUUUCUCAAUUAACGACGUACGGAUCAAACAGUGCACCCGAGUGAAUAUGCGCGAGUUUUUCGUGGUUCAUCAUGAGCUAGGACACAUCCAGUACUACCUGCAGUAUCAGCAUCAACCUGUCGAGUUUCGUGGUGGAGCAAAUCCCGGCUUCCACGAAGCCGUCGGUGAUGUUCUUUCGCUCUCCGUAUCGACACCGAAGCAUCUGAAGAAGGUUGGCCUGCUGAAGGAUUACGUAGAGGACGAACAGGUUAAGAUCAACCAGUUUUACCGUGCCGGUGUUACGAAGCUGGUAUUUUUACCGUUUGCCUACACGCUGGACAAAUACCGAUGGGGAGUGUUCCGUGGUGAGAUUAAGCCCAAGGAUUAUAACUGCAAGUUCUGGGAGAUGCGAUCGCGUUAUUCUGGCGUUGAACCACCAGUAGUCCGAUCGGAAGCUGACUUUGAUGCACCGGCCAAAUAUCAUGUGUCGGCCGAUGUGGAGUAUCUGCGCUACUUCGUAUCGUACGUCAUACAGUUCCAGUUCCACCGAGCGGCAUGUGCGCUGGCUGGCGAGUACGUGAAGGGUGAUCCGGAGAAAACGCUCAAUAACUGUGAUAUUUAUCAGAGCACGGUUGCUGGUAAUAAGUUGAAGGAAAUGCUUGCACUUGGAUCAUCGAAACCGUGGCCAGAUGCGAUGGAGGUGCUUACCGGCGAGCGUAAGAUGAGUGCCGAUGCCAUUUUGGAAUACUUUGAUCCACUGUAUCGGUGGUUGCUGGAGGAGAAUGCUCGUCUCGGAGCGCACGUUGGCUGGACCGACUCCCAAAGUAAGUCCAAACCAUCUGCAAAAUAG